UGUAGCCUUAAAUCAGGGGAAGCCAUUUGCCCAUUGGAAAACAAAAUUUAAAAGUUUUUACGGAUUUGAAGUAUAUUUUGACAUUUUAUGGUUCAUCGGUAUCGGUUUCAAGAUUAUUGCGUGUUCAUUUUGGCCUAGUGUAUUUCUGGGAGCAAGUCGGAUUGUUGGUAUCCUUUAGUCAGUCUUUCAUGUGGAGGGACCAUGGCCGCCGAUCAGGAGCAAUUUCAUGUACUUUUGUCCACACUUUUAUCAACCGAUAAUAAUGUUCGAUCUCAAGCUGAGGAAACUUACUCGAAUUUACCUAUUGAGUCAAAGGUGAGUCACUUAUUGGCAGCCAUCCACAAUGCCUCGCUGGGCGAGGAAUCUCGGCAGAUGUCCGCCGUCCUAUUGCGACGUCUUUUCUCCACCGACUUCUCCGAGUUUUUCCCAAAACUGCCGCCAGAGAGUCAAGCUCAACUCAAAGAACAAAUCCUCCUCGGAAUUCAAUUGGAUCAAUCGAAUCAGUUGAGACAUAAAGUCUGCGAUGUUGCGUCCGAAGUAGCCAGAAAUCUCAUUGACGAUGAUGGUAACAAUCAGUGGCCGGAAUUCCUGCAGUUUCUUUUCCAAUGCGCGAACGCUCCUAACGUGAUCCUUAAAGAGGCCGCUUUGCAAAUGUUCACAUCAGUUCCUGGCGUUUUCGGCAAUCAACAAAUAAAUUACUUGGAUCUCAUCAAGCAAAUGCUGCAGCAGAGUUUGCAGUUGGCCGAUUCCUACGAGGUCAGGUUCCAGGCGGUACGCGCCGUCGGUGCUUUUAUUUUAAUUCACGAGAAAGAGACCCAAGUAUUCAAACACUUUGCUGACCUAUUACCCCCCAUGUUGAAUGUUAUCGCUGAGAGCAUCCAAAAGCAGGACGAUGACACGUUGCUGAAAGUUCUGAUUGACAUGGCUGAGAAUACACCGAAAUAUUUGAGACCACAGCUGCUACCUAUUUUCGAUAUCUGUACGAAGGUUUUCAGUGAUCCAAACACAAUGGAUAGCUGGAGGCAGCUUGCGUUAGAAACGAUGGUCACCUUAUCAGAAAUGGCUCCAGCCAUGGUCAGGAAAUCUGCCAAUACAUACAUUGAACAAUUAGUGCCUUUGAUUUUACACAUGAUGUCCGAUUUGGAAGAGGAGGAAGAAUGGGCAGUGGCCGAUGAACUCUUGGAUGAAGAUAACGAUUGCAAUAAUGUAGUAGCUGAAGCGGCCUUAGAUAGAUUAGCAUGCGGUUUGGGAGGUAAAACAAUUCUGCCUUUGGUAACUCAGAAUAUACCGGCUAUGUUGCUCAGUGCGGAUUGGAAGCAGAGGCAUGCCGCGCUGAUGGCACUGAGUGCCGUCGGAGAAGGUUGCAACAAGCAGAUGGAGACGAUGUUGCCUCAAAUUAUGGACGGAGUGGCUGGUGUAAUGAACGGAGUAUUGGGUUAUUUACAAGAUCCUCAUCCACGGGUACGUUACGCGGCUUGCAAUGCGGUUGGACAGAUGUCGACGGACUUUGCACCUAUUCUGCAAAAGAAAUUCCACGAGAGAGUUAUCCCUGCUUUGCUUAUGCUUUUGGACGAUAACGGAAAUCCAAGAGUUCAAGCUCAUGCCGGCGCUGCACUUGUAAACUUCUCUGAGGACUGCCCGAAGCACAUCCUCACAGGAUAUUUGGAUGGCAUGAUGGCCCGUUUGGAGGGUAUUUUAACUGCGAAAUUCAAAGAGUUGGUAGAGAAGGGUACGAAACUGGUACUCGAACAAGUAGUAACCACUAUUGCAAGUGUAGCAGAUACUGCUGAGAAAGAGUUUAUUGCAUAUUACGAUAGAUUAAUGCCUUGCUUAAAGUACAUUAUUCAGAAUGCAAACAAAGAUGAACUGAAACUAUUGCGCGGAAAGACCAUCGAAUGUGUAUCUUUGAUUGGCUUGGCUGUAGGAACUGAAAAAUUCUUGCCCGACGCUAGUGAAGUUAUGGACUUGCUUUUGAAAACUCACGGAGAAGGAUCAGAGUUACCUGACGAUGAUCCUCAGACCAGCUAUUUGAUAUCUGCUUGGUCUCGUAUCUGUAAAGUUCUUGGGAAGAGAUUCGAGCAAUAUUUACCGCUGGUCAUGGGACCUGUUAUGAGAACUGCUUCCUUGAAACCAGAAGUGGCCUUACUGGAUAAUGAAGAUAUGCAAGGUGUCGAAGGAGACGUCGACUGGCAAUUUGUCUCUCUUGGUGAACAGCAGAACUUUGGAAUCAGAACUGCAGGAUUGGAGGACAAAGCUGCUGCUUGCAUGAUGCUGGUUUGUUAUGCCAGAGAAUUGAAAGAAGGAUUUGCCGAUUAUACUGAACAAGUAGUAAAAUUAAUGGUGCCCAUGCUCAAAUUUUACUUCCAUGACGGAGUGCGUACUGCCGCCGCUGAAUCCUUACCAUACCUUCUGCAAUGCGCGACCAUCAAGGGACCUGCAUUCGUUGAAGGCAUGUGGAGAUAUGUAGCACCCGAGCUCUUGAAUUCUCUAAAUACUGAACCCGAAAACGACGUUUUAUACGAAAUUCUGGCUUCGUUGUCUGGCUGCAUCGAGACUCUUGGUGCCGGUUGUCUUGACAAGGAAAUGAUGGAUGAGUUAUUGAAAAUUAUGAAUAAGUUGUUGACCGAACAUUUCGAAAGAAGCCAAGACAGACAGAAGAAACAUUUGGAUGAGGAUUACGAUGAGGUUGUUCAGGAACAGCUGGAGGAUGAGGAAACCGAUGAUAUCUUCGUUUUAAGUAAAAUCAGCGACGUUUUGCACUCGCUCUUCACUACAUACAGAGAAACUUUCUUACCGUUCUUCGAUCAAAUAUGUUCCCAUUUCGUCAAUUUGUUGUUACCGCAAAGACCUUGGGCCGACCACCAAUGGGGACUUUGCAUCUUCGAUGAUGUUAUCGAAUUUACCGGUCCGGCCUGCGUGAAAUAUCAGAGUUUCUUCUUGCAGCCGCUCGCUGUUUACAUUAAAGACAAAAUGCCUGAGGUUAGGCAGGCUGCUGCCUAUGGUUGGGGCGUGUUAGCCGAAUUCGGUGGGGAACAGUUUGCUGGAGAGUUAGCCAAAGCCAUUCCCCACUUGAUUGAACUGAUUGCCGAUCCCGAAUCCAGAGAUAUGAGGAACAUCAAUCCAACGGAAAAUGCCAUCGCUGCGGUCACUAAAAUUAUGAAAUACAACGCAUCCGCUAUCAACUUGGAUGAGCUUUUGCCAAUUUGGUUCAGCUGGUUGCCGGUUGUAGAAGACGCCGACGAAGCACCGCACGUUUACGGUUAUUUGUGCGACCUUAUUGAACAGAAUAAUCAAAUUAUAUUAGGUGCUGGAAACGACAACGUUCCUAGAAUAAUAUCUAUAUUCGCAGAGGCUUUUUACCGCGAAGCUUUAGAUGCUUCUAAACCAGAGAGUGUAAGAGUAUUAAAUAUAAUUAGGCAAGUGCAAAGCAAUGAACAACUUUUCCAAGGUAUUUUAUCGGCUUUGAGACCGGAACUUCAGCAAGCAUUACACAUAGCUUUGCAUACACCACCUGCUUGUUAGCAACCUUACGUUUAUACAUUUUAAUUAUUCCUUUCUUUUCUCAUAAAAUUCUUUAAAUAAAACAGAAAAAAACAAGUAUACACGGAUGUCUGCAGCUUGUGUCCAAAAUUGAAUAGUUUCCUUUUCUGUUGAAA